CCUGUAUAUAGUGAUUUAUAUAUAUAUACAUUAAUUGGUUGAAUUGCUUAAUUAUAAUCAGAUCAUCAAGAAAUUAAAAGGUAGCGGCGGGCCAGAGAGAGAGAGAGAAUGGGGAGGGGUAGAGUGGAAAUGAAGAGAAUAGAGAACAAAAUAAACAGGCAGGUCACCUUCUCAAAGAGAAGAGUUGGGCUUUUCAAGAAAGCUUUUGAGCUCUCCGUUCUCUGUGAUGCCGAAGUUGCCCUCAUCGUCUUCUCCAGCCGCGGCAAGCUUUUCCACUUUGCCACUUCCAGCGGCGGCAUGAUCAAAACCCUUGAGCGCUACCAAAAUUCCAAACUUAAUCUUACUCAACAACAAAUCUCCACUGCUGGUAGAGAUAGAGAAACCCAGCUGCAGAACUGCCCGUACCUUGACGAGUUUCUAACACUCAAAGCCACGUAUGAAUCUCUUCAAAGAACUCAAAGGAAUCUGCUUGGGGAAGAUCUGGGCCAACUCGACAUCAGAGAGUUGGACAAUCUUGAGAAACAGCUUGAAAGUGCUCUUGCACAAGCCAGGCAAAGAAGGGCUGGAAUUCUGAUGGAACAGAUGGAUGAACUUCGAAGAAAGGAGAGGCAUCUAAUUGAUAUGAAUAAGCAGCUGAAGAUCAAAGUUUCAGAAGAAUUGUCAUUGGUACUCCUCUUAUUUCAUCUUCAAAAAGUUAAUUAUGAUUUUAGGGACUAAGGGAGGAUAUAUAUAUAUAUAGUUGAUGGAAGUGUUUUUAUUUCUCUGAUAUGCAUUUAUGAUCAUCUGCAGCUUGAAGGGGGA